AUGUGCUAUCAAAAUUAUUUACUGUCUAUUUUAUUUUGUUGUUAUUUCCAAACGGUAUGUGCAAUAGAGUCUCGCGUAUACGAUGGUCAAGAUUUAAGAUUUGAAGUUCAUAAAUACUUAGUAAAAAUCAAAGCAUAUCAUCGUUUGAACGCCGUAAGUCGCUGUAGUGGUUCCAUAAUAGACCAGUCAUGGAUAAUAACUGCAGCGCAUUGUUUCAAAACAGACGUGGAGAUUGUCGAUGUUUUUCGUCAAAAUCAUCACGGCUUGAGAUUAAUCGCUAAAGUGGCUCGAAAGAACAUAUACUCACAUCCCUCUUAUGUAGGGGACAGUGGCCCUAUCAAUUACAGAUCGGUAGAUAUUGCUCUUAUGAAGACAUCAUCACCAAUUAAGUUCAAUGCUUACGUACAACCAGUGAAAUUGACGGAAGAACCAUUUCGGAUCGGACAAUCAGCAAUCAUUGCUGGGUUUGGUAAAUCUGAAGAUCAUAUGGCAUACCCUCGAGAAGGAUCUAUCGUAUUGGUUUCUUGUCCACGCAAUGUACAAGGUGUAAUCUGCUCAAUUGAUACAGUGAGGGCAGGUUCUGGAGAUUCAGGAGGAUCUCUUACAUCGAAAGGUUAUCUCAUAGGUGUCACAUCAGCAAGCUGCAUUAAUGUUCAUAUACAUAAAAAAUGUAUCACCAUUUACGCGGAUGUUUUCUCAAAUCUGGAUUGGAUAACGGAGGUAAUACAUAAAUAG